GAAACCUAACACUUGGUACCCUUUUCCAGUCAGGACCAUGAUGACCUCUGACACGGGGACGUCCACCACCAGCCCGGAGUACAAGAGCAGCUCCAGCACCCAGGGGCGGGAGUCCACGCUGCAAUCUGACUCCUCACUGCUGCAGACUCAGUCCCAAGACUCCUGGCAAAAGAAGGAACACCCCAGAAAAACCAAGAUGUUUCAGGGUCCAAGCCAGAGCUCCAAGGGCAAGGCUGUCCUCAGCCAAAGUCACAGCUCCAGCAUAACUGACAGCUUCCAGGGCCAGGGCCAGGGCCAGGGCCCGCGCUCCGUCAAGACAGAAGACACUCAGGGCCCAAAGAAGAGGCUCACCAAACACAAGACUUCGGAGAGCCCAAGGCAAAGGCGCAGAGGGGCCAGGGCCGCCUCAGGCCAGGGAUGGAGGGCCCGCAAGGCCACUGGCCCCCAGGAGCAAGGUGCCAGGAAAACCAGGGCUUCUUAUGAACAACGCUGGAGCCUCAGCAGCCAGGAGGCCCAGAGCCAGAGGCCCAACAAGGCUGAAGCUGACCUGAACGCAGCCUCAAAUGCCAACCAGACCCAUAACAAUGUGGGUCCAAAACAAAAUCUUACCAAAACCAUGGCCACCCAGGCUUGGAGCUCAGGUGCCAACAACACUGAGGCUGGUCAGGCUGCGGCCACUAGCUGCUCUCUGAAGGGGACAUGUCACUAG